AUGGCUUCCAUGGCACCUCCAUCACUCUCAAGGACCCUAGUUUCAUCAUAUUCUUCUUCAAUGGAUCCUCAUCAUUCCAACGCAGCCCACGUUCAGUAUUUGUCAGGGUACACGACACAUUCAAGAGCUCGGUCGGAAUUCAAAGAUGAUGCUCAUGAAGUUCCAAGUGGACCAAAUCCCAUUUCAAACAACUCAUGGUGGGGAGUAUGUUAUGAUGCAGAAUAA